AUGGCUACCAUCUCCAAACAGCAACAACAGUCAUCACCUUCUCCACCAUCGGUACCCUCGCCGCAGGCCCUUGCAUCUCGUGGUCGUCGCCCCGCACUAAUACCCCACAAUGCUGAUCUCUCGCUCUCACUUUCAGCCGCUGCCACAGCUCUAGGGAUGGCUUCGUAUUCUCCGAACCGCGCACGGGGAACUAGUGGUAAUAGUGGAAGCUUACUAUGGGUACUUCCGUCGUCGAGUCCCCCGACAGCGGCGUGGUCAGGAGAUUCGUUGGAGACAAGGUGGAAGGAAGACGGGCAAAUGUGUGAUAUCGACCUAGAUGACGACCAGCGAGAAGCUGUGAGGAGUCUUGUCGUUAAGGAUGUGUUCUCGUGGGUAAAUGAAAUGGAUAGUGAUCAACCACGGUCACAACUACAAAAAACAAAAAUACCAGAGACUGCUCCUACUUCCCCGAUGAGCGGAAAUUUCCCAGAGGAAUUGGACUUUCGGCGACGCCGACUACAGGAGGCCGAACGGGAUAUGGGGAGCAAGCGGUAA